CAAUCAUUCUACACUUUUUCCUUGUCCUUUUUCUGAGUCCAAAAAAUGUCACCGGCCGUGAGCAACGACGGCGGCAGCCAGAACAGCUUUCUCGUGUCUCAGUUCCCCGGUGUAGCAUGGACCGAGUCCUUAGACCACGCAACAGCCCCCAAGAAAGAAGAAAAUGGGCCACGGGUGUUCACGUUCGCCUUGAAGAAGAGGCCACGCGCCAAGAGGCAAAGUUCAAGCAAGGUCCGGACAGGCUGUAGCACAUGUAAGCGGAGACACGUCAAGUGCGAUGAGACGAAACCCUCGUGUCGAAGAUGCGUCAAGUGGCAGGGAUUCUGUGACGGGUACCACGCCCUGGGCGGAUGUUCGGCCUCCACGUCAGGGCCAGAAAGCGGCCUGGACGGCACACCUUCUCCCACCCGUGCUUCGGAGUCGCCUCCGGUCGAAAACCUCGCGGCGGGAGGGACCGAGCCGCUUCUGCCGUCCGGCGCGGUCGAGGUCGCCGACGAUCUGUUCGGGGACCCGACGGAACGCCAGUACUUUGAGCACUGGCUUGCCCACAGGUGCCGACUGAGCGGCGGCAUCUUCGAAGAGCCACUAUGGAGCGAGGCCGUGCCGCGGAUGAGCCAUCAGCACGCCUCGGUGAGGUACGCGGCCAUGGCCGUCGGCGGCAUCGCCAAGGCCCUCCGGCAGAGCCUGGGGCCCAUGAGCCCAGCCCAGAUGGGCGCCAACGGGCCACACUACGCGCUCGCCCUGUCGUACUACGGGAGCGCCAUCCGGGAGAUACGUGAGGCGGAGCCGGACGCCAACAGCCUCCGGGCGGCCAUCGUGUGCUGCCUCCUCUUCGUGUGCUUCGAGGUCCUGCACGGCGACCGAAAGGCCGCGCUCUCCCACGUCGACAACGGCCAGAAGAUGAUAGACGAGCUCCUGCGGCGGCGGUCCGAGGAAGUGAAAGAGAAGGUGGAGGAGGAGGAGGAGGAGGAGAGCCGCCUAUGUCGGAGCGUCAUUGGCGCCGAGACCGUCGAGACGGACGCGCUACGUGUCUUCCAGCGGCUUAUCCAGCAGUCCUGGUCCUGCGACGUGCUCCGGCGGCCGGACCGGGACGACUCGGAGGAGCCUCGCGGCGGGGAGGAUAGCGAAAGUGGCCAAGAGGACGACUAUUCCGAACGGUCGUGGUGCUCCCAGGAUGGUUUUGGGGGGGAGCACGCCUUCCACGAGAUACCCUCGUCCUUGGCGACGCUUCCGGAAACCCACCGCUGGUGGGACGUCACGCAGCACUAAGUGACGCACUCAUUCAACGCCGUCUCUCGAAUUACCCACCUGGGGCUGGGCGACGACCCCGUCUCCGAGUUCAACGAGCGCGUCCUGAGGCACAUGUACGAGAUCGAGAUGGCCGAGGCGGACGGCGCCGGACGCCGGCCGCCGGCGGAACUCGGAAGACGCCCUCGGGGGUGACAUGAUGCCUUCGCGUCCCUCUGGGCCGCCGCCUGGGAGGACCGGAAUGGCGACGAGAAGUCGUACGCGCGAGAGGCGCCCGCCCGACGCCCGCGUACCGCGAGGUGGUCGGGCCUCUGCGGCGACAUGCUGGCGCACCAGCGAUGUUCCUUGUUUGACCGAGGCCCUUUGGAGCCCAGAUCAUCUAGCUCUUGUCUUGG